AUGAAUGGAUUCUGGGUUAUUUUCUUUCUUUUGGGAGCGUUAUUCAAACAUGGAAGCAAUGGAGAUGCAGAAACGAGUACAGCGUCGCCGUUAAACGCCUGCUUGUCACUCCGUCCUGGAGAUAUAGACUUCCAAUCAGUUGAUCUGAUAGCGGUUUAUCGUUUGGAUGGACCUGAUACAACAGGAGUUACCUUGGUGCAAGGAUCCCAGGACCUGCAAAGAGCCUACCGAGUUGGGGAUGGAGCGAAUCUUACUUUGCCUUUACGCGAGGCGCUACCAGCGGGUUUACCUUCCACGUUUACCAUUACGUCUACCUUCAGAACCAACAACCGCCGACCUUGGAGUCUUAUCAGAGUUCGAUCAUCUUCUCUUCUAUUCUCUAUAACUCUCUUGCCAAACGUUAAGAAGAUGGCUGUCUUCGUUCAGGGAUCACGGGUUGUGUUCUCUACGCCCACACUAUUCAAGCCGUUCUGGCACAAAGUUCACAUAGCUAUAGACAAUGACACUGUACACGCGGCCAUAGACUGUAAUGAGUUGGAGCCUGAAUCAAUAGGUGGAUGGGACUUUGAUAAUGCGACCAGCAUCAGUAUAGUCUCCAACGAUGAUGGAACCCCAGCUCCUGGUCCAGUGGGUCCGUCAGGGCCCCCAGGAGAGAUUGGUCCUCUUGGAUACACGGGACUACCAGGGAAGCGAGGUGUGGACGGGCCUCCAGGCCCCCAAGGUCUGAUGGGACCUAGAGGAGAAAAAGGAGAUAUAGGUCCCCCGGGCUCUGCAAGCAAUGUAUCCGUGAUUGGCGCACCAGGAGAACCAGGAAGAAAAGGUUCCAAAGGUGACAAAGGAGAUUUGGGAGAAAAAGGUGAUAGGGGUGAUGUGGGCCUUGUGGGUCUAGCUGGAGUCCCCGGCGUCGAUGGGAAGGAUGGUCCACCAGGUCCCGUCGGUCCUCCAGGCCCCCCCGGUGAACCUGGCCCUGUAGGUCCCCCAGGACCCGCCAGUAACGGAUUUCUUCCUCUUGUGCAAGGCAGUAAGGGCGAGCCAGGAAUUCCAGGAAAGCCCGGGAGGGACGGCUACCCCGGAGUUAGAGGUUUACCAGGAAUAGAUGGAACACCGGGAAGCCCGGGUAUCCAAGGGAUGCAAGGCUUACCCGGUUUGCCAGGAGAGAGAGGUUUGAUUGGUCUUCCGGGUACUCCGGGAGAAAUGGGCCCUGAAGGUCCGUCGGGACCCCAAGGUCCGCCAGGUCUUCCCGGACCUCCCGGGCCUCCAGGUGUGAGUACAUCAACAGCUGGCGUUAGCGUUCCAGGCCCUCCAGGUCCACAGGGUCUAAUGGGUCCGAAAGGGGAACAAGGUUUCCCAGGAUUGCCAGGUCGAGAUGGUUUAGACGGUAUCCCUGGGGUACCUGGACAAAGGGGUCCUCCGGGCACCCCCGGUGCUCUUAACUUAAUACAAGAACAACGACCGUCACUAUCAGAGAAUGACGUGAAAAACAUCUGUGAGGAUAUAAUAAAAGUACGUCUGGCGGACUUUUCAUUGAGCCUUGUGAUGCCAAUUGCGAAACCGGGACGCAGAGGGCCCCCAGGUCCGCCGGGGGUACCAGGGAGCCCCGGUUCCUUGGGUGAAAUAGGACCGAUGGGUCCCAGAGGGUAUCCGGGUGAGACAGGCGAGCCUGGUCGACCAGGGUAUCCUGGACCCAGCGGUGAUAAAGGAGACAAAGGGGAUAGAGGUCAACAAGGAGUGGGCAUCCCAGGUCCAGAAGGAUCACCCGGGAUGACUGGUCCCAUGGGUCCAGCUGGGCCUGAAGGAAGAACGGGACCUCGGGGUGAUCCGGGCCCAUCAGGUCCCAUAGGCCCACGUGGAGUUCCAGGUCCUAGAGGAAGCUGUGACUGUUCAUCAUCAGCGUAUUACGCGUACGCACCCAUUUUAGGAAAUAACAAAGGACCAUAG